AUGCAGCCAAGAGAGAGGUCCAAGAGCAGAGACCCCUGGAACAAAGGCGACAAGGAUACUGUGAAUCAGCUCGUGGCGAAGAUUGCGCCGGCUACCCCAGAGGUGACGAGGUCGGAGGCCUUCAAGCAUGUCUACGUGAAGGCGCCCCCGGCAGAGCAGAAGGAAGCAGUGAACAAGCAUCGCAAAGAUAUCAAAGAGAAUAUUCGCAAGAUCGGUAUUAUCAUCAAGGCUGUUGCCGCAGCGGAUCGCCCUGCAAACGACGCGGACUGCAAGGAUAUAGCUGUACUCAAAUGCAUGUUGACGGAGAGUUCAGGAUCAGAGAACCAGUUGUCCGAGGUCAACAUACAGUUGGAGAAAGAGCAGGGUCAUUUGCGCGAGAUACAGCAGAAGGAGGCGGAGGUGCGCGAGAGGCGCAUCCAGAUCGAGGAAACCAUCCGAAACAUUCAGGAGACGACCGACCAGCUGACGAAGUCGAAGGACGAGGGUGGCACGGCCGAGAGCGCCGACACGGAGAUGCACAAUGCAGAGGAGGGCGUUGGCAGGGCGCCUGGGAACCCUCAUGCAGGCCUUGGGAGCGAGGCACCAGCAUCUUCAGCGGCGCCAAAGGCAGCUGCGGCGAGCCAUGCCGCGCCAGCUGUGCCAGAGAGCUCCAGAGAGAUGGGCUCGAUCAAGGGGUGCCUCCAGCGUCUGACCGCGGCGCAGAUGCAGCAGCAGAACCAGCAGGAGGCCAUGAUGAGGCAGAUUGGCAGCUUCCGCGGUCACCUGAUGGACGAGGUGCGCAUGAUGAUGAAGGCCGCCCCCUGGACAGCUCAGGGGCCGCGGAUGCCACAGCAGGAGCCAGGGAUGGGGAGUCAGCCAACGCCGACCACGCCGAUGCAGGCAGGGCAGGUGCCAGGCAUAUCGCCCACGUCUACGGCCGCGUCUACCCCCCCUGGAUAUCCGAACAUAUACGAGCAGCUGCGGGCAGAAAGGCACGCGGCGGGCAUGGUGUUUCGACGGGCCCCGAGUCCAGCGGAUGCGGGCAUUUUCUGGGGCCCAAGUACGACCCCAGCCGAUUCGGAUGCUGCGGAGUACCAGCACCAGCUGAGGAUGGCCAGGUUCCACCCGAUGUACCCCAGUCAGUCGGCGCAGAGGUCGCCGACAUUUCCGUCGGCGCCCUUCGCGCCCGCGCAGCCGCAGAUGGAGCCCGAGACGCCUGGGAUUGCGCAGUGGGAUUGCCCGACCCCGCUGUGCGAUGUCCUGCGCACGCCGAAGGUCCCAGCGGGCGGCCCGUCUAAGGGCGAGCCUCCGACGAUCAGGGUGCCAACCUCGGCGUGCCCGACGGAUGCGUGCGACAGGACCUUCGCCCAGGUGCAGAACCCAGCGAUGGCGGAGGAAGCCACCCAUUACGCCAUCUACGAUUCCACCAGGCAUGGAGGCCUGCAGCAGCCGUGCGAGUCGCGGAGGGCGAAGGAGGCAGAGCCAGCGGUCGAGCCCGUGGGAUCGCCGAAGAGGGAGAUCUCGAGGCGGAUCACCGAGAAGAAAGAGGACCCGAGGGAGAACAGGCAGAAGGGCAGCGUUCACCCGCACAAGGGCAAGGGCGGCAAGGUGGUGAUGGUCAAGGACAGGCCAGCAGCGGACAAGGGCUGGGAGACGAUCGAGGAAGAGGACGCCUCCAUCCCGUACCCGCAGCAGCCGCCCCAGAUGUCGCCGACGCAGCCCCUCGCGCAGCCCGAGCAGAUGGAGGAGCUGGCAGGGCCCGCUUUCUCCGCGACGGCGACGCCAGCGCCGACGCCUACGGUUACGGGAUCACCAGGGGCGCCCCAGUGCCUGCAGCCGCCACCGUGGCCAGUACCGCCACAGCCAGCAGUUGCGAUGUCACCGGCGUUGAUGGAGGCGUCGCCGACCCCAGUGGCGGAGAUGAUCGAGCCGUCGCAGAUGACAUCGCAGGAGAUCAAGCAGCAGGUGGAGGCGAUCGACCGUGCUGUGGCAGGGCAGGGGUGCUCGACCUCUGCGUCGCCCAGCGGCAUAUCCGCGGCGGACUACCAGACGACGGAGAUUUUCGCUCACCCAGUCUACGACCCCAAGUGGAACCCAUCAGCUCAGAGGUCGCCCGAGGUCACCGAGAGGACGCGGCAGUUCGCUACGCGCAUGCUGAAUAAGAUAUGGCGUGAGGGAGCUGUAGAGAGGCGGAGUUUCGCUAUCCGUCAAGCUAGGGUGUGGCAUGAUGCGUCGCCUCAAGAGUGGGGCAGGCCCCUCAAUCGCAUGUGCGAGGAGCUGUUUGUCGCGAGGCAGCGCCUGAUGGCCAUGGGGGACCAGUGCCACCCCCCAGACGCACACAACAUCAACGAGGAGGUGAUCGUCGCUUUCGCGAGGCAGGUCGCAGAGCACAUCCGCCAGGAUAGGCCCCCGGUGGUGCCCUUCCACGACCCGGCGCCCCCUGGCAUGGAGGAGGCGAUCCUUGCAGGUGCGGCCGCGACGGAGACAUGCACGGGAGGCGUCAGCGCCUCCUCGGGCAGCAGCGAGUCUGCUUGCUGCAGCACCUGCGAGGACGCGAACGGUUUCGCUUUUCUCGGGUUCGCUGGACAGAGACUUGAGGGGUCGAUUCCAGGAGAGCUCAUAGGCAGUAAGAAGUCGAGUACUGUUGUGGAAAUGGCUGGAAUGAUCUGGGCGACGCUGCAUGCCGCUCGCUUCCCAGCCGACGUCCACGUCACCAUCGAGGUUGAUAAUAAAACGGCUCUCAAGCUCACAGUCGGCGAGUACAGCGGAUUCGAGUUCCAACGAAAGGCCCCAAGUGGCCAAAUGGAGCAUCAGGAUCAGAAGUGCGGAGAGAAAAAGGUCAAGGCCCGAGUUAGCUUCACUGUGGCCACCUUUAGUGUGCUCACUCUCAAGGAUGAGGAGGAGGGGUACUGCAAGAAGAAGCGACGCAAGGUCGCGGAGGAUUUUCUGGUCCUGUCCUCGGGACUUGAAAAGGGGAGUCUCGGGUGUGAACUCCACGUUAACUUGCAAGCUGUGUACGCGAGAGUUGGCGAGGUUGAGCACUGGAUCCAGCCCCAGCAAGUCCGCGUGCUGUAUUCUGACCCCCGCGCCCUCAUCGUGGCUGUGCAGGCCAAGUUUUUCGACGAAAAUGCUGCUGCGUUGCAUGCCCCACGCAGCAAGCACAAGCCGGAGGUGCGAAAGGCGUGGUGGGCCCACGCGCGGCAGUUGAUGGCACGAUGGAAGCCGACCAUCCUGCUGGCUGAUGCGAAUGCCCGCGUCGGCAGCGUCGAAGAUGAAGGAGUGGGGGGGUGUGGCUUGCAGCAGAAGGAGGAUGAUAACGGAGGAGAUUUUCGGGAGUUGCUUGAUCUUGGGGGCCAUGUGGCUCUCAACACGGUCUUGCUUCACGACCAGGGGUGCACUUGGGUGUCGCAUGCGGGCGCCAGACAUCGACUGGAUUAUGUGACCACCAGUGCGGCUCGGCGACAGUACGCCAAAAAGGUUUGGGUUGACUACGCUUUUGAUUCUCAGCGACUCAAGGAUGAUCAUUUCCCUGUCGUGCGUCGUUUCGAGUAUCAGGUGGUCAAAAAAGUCAAGGCUCACGGGGCCCCCCGCAUGGGCCCCCGUAAGUUGUCCGACCUUGAGGCCAAAGGGGCCUUCGCUCGGGAGCUCAAUGAGCUGCCAGUGUGCGCGUGGGAGGUCGGUGCUGAGGAGCACAGUGUGGCGGUGACUGAAACCAUGUUGAACGCCGCUAAGAGGCACUUUGGCCAGGACCCCUUUACUCCCUUUAAGCCGUAUGUCAGUAGGCAGGUCAUGGGGCUGGUUAGGCUCCGCAGAUGGGGGGUCAAGGUUAUCCGUGGGUCUAGGCAGGGCAAUUGGGACAUAGCACGUAUCUUUGCGUGGUCUUUCGGGCCGCGAGUCGCUGACUUUGUGCGGGCGCAGUGCGAGUGGAGCCUCCACGCGAGCAACCUGGAGGAAAUUUGCUCACAGGUUGUGGCGACGGUGUUGCCAGUUGCGUGCCUGGUCGAUGCUAUUCGUUUUUUCCUUGACCAGACCCGGCAGGUGCUGCGCGACUGCAGCAUGCGGGAUCGCAUUAGUGAAGUCGAGGACCUGGCGCAGGAAACGAUGAGCAGUCGUGAGAGCGGGGAUGCCAGUAACGAGUGGCAGAAGGCCAAGAGGGUCAUUGCCACUGGAGGUUUCGAGGAGGCUCGGUAUAAAGGGGCGAAUCUUUUGCCUAUCUAUCGGGAUGAACAAGGCCAGGUCCUCCGAGGGCCCCAAGAGUGGGAUGAGGAGCUUCUGAGGCAUUUCUCCGAGAUCGAGGGGGCCCGUAGGGUGCGUUUCCAGGAGCUUGAGGACAUCUACGAUAAGACGACUCGUAGGUCCAUCACCCUGACCAAUGCCGUGCCUAAGUUCCACUACGCUUUCCUCAGACAGUGCUUGAACGUGUUCAUUGAGAGUCUGCUCACAGACUCUCAGACUGGAGGUCGGAGAGGGAGAGGAACUGCGCUGUCCACCCACACGAUGUUGGCUUUCUUGCAUCAGGCGCAGGCUGAGAAGUUCACGGCGGUGCUGCCGCUUGUGGACGUGGUCAGCGCAUUUUAUAAUAUGAUUCGGCAGUUCGUUGUUGAUCUGCUUACGGUCAGCAUCCUGGCUGAGCCGGGGGACGAGCCCCCUCUGGCCGACACUGCCUAUGGUGAUGAUGCUAAUUUUCCCGUAGUGUGUAGGAGCAACUCUGAUGUGCUGUGGGUUGUGCGGACGGUGUUCUCGGUCAUUGUCACGCGCAUGGCCCAAUAUGGCCUCGUCAUCAGUUUUGUUGCGGGAAAAUCGCAGGUGAUGAUUCAGGUCAACGGCAAAGACAAAGCGUGGUGUAAGCGUUUGCUGUCGGUGGAGUUGCAGGGCCAGAUUUACAUCCCAAGCUUGCAGGAAACGGUUGGGAUGGUGGCCACGCAUAAGUCUCUCGGGACGUUGCUGGCCGCGGACGGGUCGGUGGGGCCCGAGGUGGUCUAUAGAUGUGGCACUGCUAGAGCCAUCACGGGGGCGAUGUCUAGGCUUGACGCGCAGGAGAGCAAGGAUCUUCGGCAGCGAGGCCUCUACCAGGAGAAGGCCCUGAUCCCCGCCGUGAGGUCGGCGACCCCACUGAUCCCGCCCCAGGAUCCUGAGAUGUGCGACCCCGUCGAGCCCCCAAGCGUCGUGGAGGAUUGGAUUGAAUAUUUCCAGGCCCAGGCCCCCCAGGACAGGCCCGUCUGGACCCUGAGCCUAGAUGUGGCCAACGCGCCUGUGUUGGGGGACCUCAGCGUCGAAGGCACCAUCGAGCACUGGCUGAAACUUGUGCGGGAGUUCUCGGUUGUCGGCUUGCUCGGGGGCCCCCCGUGCGAGACGUGGAGCGCGGCCAGGUUCAACAGUCUGGCCAACGGCAGGGGUCCCAGGCCGGUGAGAUCCAGGGAGCUCCCGUGGGGCAUUGAAUGUCUCACGAGUAAGAUGGGGGAGUUCCGAACAGCUGCGUUGAAGGAGUACCCCGCUGAGCUGUGCAAGUUGCUCGCUCGAUGUAUGUGGGAAGGGGUCGAGGCCAGGACGAGGGUCGGCCCUAGGUACCGAUACCUCGUCAACGUCGCCGCGGUGGUCUCCGCGUGGCGGCUGACGGAGCUGCUCGCCUCGGGCUCCGUGCUGCUGCUCCAGGAGGACUCGUCGCGGGAGCUCAUCUACGAGUGGCUUACGCCUUGGGAGCACUUCGUGCCUGUGAGCUCGGGGCUCUCCGACCUCGUCGCGAAGGUCCAGUGGCUGGAGUCCCACCAAGCGGAGGCACGGGCCAUCGCCGAGAGGGGCUACAGGCACUUCGUCGCUCGCGUUCGCCGACAAGACACGUACUGCUACCUGUGGCAGGCCCUUCGCGCGAUGGCCGCUGCGCAGGAGCCGACGCGGCCGCCGAAGGAGCCAGACAUGCUGAGGAAGCAGGGCUGGUCCGAGGUGAAGCCGGCCUCCGUGGCAGCCGUGGCUCCGAGGCACACCACCCUGAGCAAGCUCAUCAAAGCCGGCGCCGGCCCGGCCCACAAGGCGCAGGAGCUGUGA